GCAGAUGAUUCGUCAUCACCGGGUGAGUGGUGGUCGGCGGCUCGGCGGUCUAGCGCGCCAGCGGGGGGUUGGUUGCUCGUUGUAACUUGCGAGUAUAUCAUUCGACGUCAAACGCUCGUCCCCCCCCCCCGUUCUACAAACUGAAGUACAUGCCACGACGAAAACAACAACAAUGUCAAACCCACCUGGUCUUCCCGGCGUCGAACGUCGAUACGCCCAAGUCAACGGACUCAAGUACCACUACCUCUUUAGCCAGAAGAGUGACUCUUACAAGGACACCAUCGUCCUCGUCCAUGGUUUCCCUGACCUUUCUUAUGGUUGGAGAAAGGUGAUCCCUUACCUUUCCGAAAAGGGCUACCGGGUCAUCGCCGUCGACACGAUUGGGUACGGUGGUACCGAUGCCCCUCUGGACGAGGACAUCUCGAAGGAAGUCGAGCUCUACACUGCCAAGCAGAACGCUACCUGUAUCAAGCAGCUCGUCGAGCAGAUUGCCCAGGACGAGGGCAAACAAGCUGAACCCGUCAUCGUUGUCGGACACGACUGGGGUAGCUACAUCGCCCAGAGGUUCGCCCUCUGGUACCCCGACAUGACCAAGGCGUUGUCUAUCGUCUGUGUCCCUUGGACCCCGGUCACGCACGAGAGGCUGGACAUCAAGGAGAUCGUCAAAGUCCUCCCGAAUUUCGCCUACCAAAUCCAGUUUGCCAGCGGGGACGUCGACAAGCGGGUCGCCGAGCUGGGCGAUCAGGGUCUACGAAACUUUACCCUCUUUGGAGCUGGAGGCAAGACCGAGGAUGGCAAGUCGGUCUUUGACCCCAAGAAAGGCCUCGACCUCGAAGCUUUGGGUGGCAAGGUCGUACCCACUCUGUACACGGACAAGGACGAGCUCGACUACGUCUUUGAAGAGUACAAGCGUCAUGGCGCUCACCCUCCACUCAACGCUUACCGAGUGAUGCCCCUGAACGCUCGGGACGAAAAGGCCCUGCCCAAAUCGUCUGAGACACAGGUUCAAACCAAGACCUUGUUCAUCAGGGCAUUGAGGGACAAGGCAUUGCCGCCCUUCAUGAGCCAGGGGAUGGACAAGUUCUUUGCUGAGGGCGUCCUCACCGUCAAGGAUAUCGACGCGGACCACUUUGUCCAGCUCGAAAAGCCGGACGAGUUCAACGAGGUGUUGGGCGAGUGGCUGGACACGGUCGUCUCGGGUCAGAAGAGCAGUCUCUGAAGGGGUACAUGCCAUGUCGUCCAUCGAUACAACAAAGAUAACAGAAAGAUACAACACUUGUGAGAUCGGUAACUUAGGGAUAAUGGAAUUCGAAUGACCCGCUAUGACAAAUUUCUCGCCGCGGCUUGGAUUUCGGCCCUCGGCUGUUCCAAGAUACCGAUACCCCUCUCCAACUUGGAUCGAUGAGCCCUCGAGCCAGAGCCACCCUCGCCACGAUGAGCCGCGUCUUCGAGGUCCGAAGCUUCGGAUGAACUGAUACUCGAGC